UCUUGGGAUUAUCGCUUUCUCUACACAGUAAUCGUUUGUAAUUUUCGCUUGCCAGCUGCGGCUAAGAAUAACCACUGAUAACUGAUUAGUGCAUAUUGGUGAUCUUCAUACGACAGUAGGCGGGUGAAGUAGAUAAAAUUACAUCAAACGCAGUACUGUCGUUCAACAAACAACGGAUUGUUGAGGGGAACGAAUCGAUCCACAAGUGAUGACGCAAAGAAUGUUAGCUUGAAUUGCAAGCAAACAAACUACUGUAGCGACUGCAUAAGGGUAGUGACUAAUAUACGAAAGAUGAAUCUUGUCGAUUGUAAUCCGUACGGGAAUGGUUUGCUGUACGCGGGAUUUAAUCAAGAUCAGGGUUGCUUCGCUUGUGCGACCGACAAUGGCUUCCGCGUGUACAACUGCGAUCCAUUGAAGGAGAAAGAGCGACAAAUCUUCCCGGAUGGUGGUGUGUCGUACGUGGAAAUGCUUUUCCGCUGCAACUAUCUUGCCCUAGUUGGAGGGGGACUGCGACCACUUUAUCCACCGAACAAAGUACUCGUCUGGGACGACCUCAAGAAGGCACCAGCCAUUUCUCUUGACUUUAACGCCCCCGUCAAAGGCGUGCGACUGCGGCGUGAUCGUAUCGUGGUGGUGCUGGAAGGAAUCAUCAAGGUGUACACAUUCACCCAAACUCCCACCCAGCUGCAUGUAUUUGAAACGUCGAAAAAUCCCCAGGGCUUAUGCGUGCUCUGUCCGAACAGCACCAAAUCGCUGCUUGCUUUUCCCGGUCGGCGCACUGGCCACGUACAGAUCGUCGAUUUGGCAAACACGGAAAAGGCCCCACAUGAGAUUAUCGCCCAUGAGACGGCAAUCAGCUGCAUAGCGUUGAAUUUGCAAGGUACCCGCUUGGCCACAGCCAGUGACCGAGGCACGUUGAUACGAAUAUUCGACACUAGCAGUGGUACCAAGGUGGCCGAGCUGAGACGAGGAUCAAAUCAGGCAAAGAUAUACUGCAUCAAUUUCAAUCAUCAGUCCACAUCCGUCGUUGUCUCUUCGGACCAUGGAACAAUACAUGUCUUCAACCUAGAGGAACCGAGCAAGGGACGUGAUGGAGGCCCAUCUGGAGGAGGUGUUGGCGGAUCUAAUCUGCUUGCUCGAUACUUUACCAGCCAGUGGUCUUUUUGCAAGUUUUCCAUCCCCCAAGGACCGCCCUGUAUUUGUGCAUUUGGAUCUGAGAGUAACUCAGUCAUUGUGAUAUGCGCAGAUGGACACUACUAUAAAUUUGUCUACAACAACAAAGGAGAAUGUUCGCGAGAAGUAUGCUCGCAGUUUCUUGAAAUGUCCGACGAUCAGACGUAGAAAGGACGAGGUCAAUGCGAAUUCGAAUGUAGCUUUAAGCUUCGAGUACCCACUGGAACUACUAUACCUAUCUCCACAGUUAUAGGGUGAAAAACCGCCCAAUUAUUAACAAAAUUUGGCGAAAUCGGGUUAAAAGAUGCGAAGAGAACAAAGUUAUAAGGCCUGUAUUGUAAAAGAAUGAAUAUGAUGCAAAGAUCAAACGAUCGAAGGACAAGAAGCAUAUUUAAUAUUUGAUGAAAUUCCUGCAGAACAUAUUCAACUUGAAGAUUACAUGAAUGUACCGUGAAUAUGACGUGAAUUGAAUACAUUUACACGUGCUUGGAAACA